AUGGCCAAGAAUAACCUCACCACAGUAACCGAGUUCAUUCUCAUGGGCUUUACUGACCAUCCGAGCUGGAAGAUCCCCCUCUUCCUUGUGUUUCUCAGCUUCUAUCUUGUCACCACUCUGGGGAACUUGGGCAUGAUCAUUCUCAUCCAGGUGGAUGUCCAACUCCACACCCCAAUGUACUUCUUCCUGAGCCACCUCUCUGUCUUGGAUGCCUGCUACACUUAGGUCAUCACCCCUCAGAUCCUGGCCACACUGGCCACAGGCAAAACAGUCAUUUCCUAUGGUCAGUGUGCCACCCAGUUCUUCUUCUUCACCAUCUGUGCAGGUACAGAGUGUUUCCUGCUGGCUGCGAUGGCCUAUGAUCGCUAUGUUGCUAUUAGCAAACCCCUGCUCUACACAGUGGUCAUGAGUCCUAGAAGGUGCUGGAGUUUAGUGGUUGGAGCCUAUGUCUGUGGGGUGUCUGGGGCCAUCCUGCGAACCACAUGCACCUUCUCCCUCUCCUUCUGUGAGGACAGUAGGAUCAACUUCUUCUUCUGUGACCUCCCACCCCUGCUGAAGCUGGCCUGCAGUGACACAGAAAAUGCUGAGAUUAUCAUUGUCUUCUUUGGCAACUUUGUCAUCUUGGCCAAUGCCUUGGUCAUCCUGAUUUCCUACCUGCUCAUCAUCAGGGCUAUUUUGAGAAUGAACUCUUCAGGUGGUAGAGCCAAGACAUUCUCAACAUGUGCCUCCCAUCUCACUGCUGUGGCCCUUUUCUUUGGGACUCUCAUCUUCAUGUACAUACGGAGUGGCUCAGGCAAAUCUCUGGAAGAAGACAAAGUUGUGUCUGUCUUCUACACUGUGGUUAUUCCCAUGCUGAACCCUCUGAUCUACAGCCUGAGAAAUAAGGAUGUGAAGGCUGCCUUCAGAAAGGUCACUAAUAGAUACCAGGUAUUCCACAGCAUGCGGCACUGA